AUGAACACAGUUAACCAGAGAAAGAAAUCCAUGGGACGCAAGAAAAUCGAAAUCAAGAAAGUCGAAAAAGAAACCAACAAACAAGUCACAUUCUCCAAAAGAAGAUCUGGUUUAUUCAAAAAAGCUUGCGAACUUUGCGUCUUAAGCGAUGCUAACCUAGCCAUCAUUGUGUUUUCUCCGGCUGAUAAACUAUUCUGCUACGGUCGACCCAACACCGACGCUAUACUCAACAGUUACAUCAAAGGAACCACUUUGUUUGAGGAUCAGAACUCGACGGGAGAUUCCUCGAUCUGUGAGCAGUAUAAUAGAGAAUAUGAAGAGGCACUAAAGAUGUUGGAAAUGGAAAAGAAGAAACUUGCCGAUAUUGAGAAUAGAGUUGGAUGGUGGAAUGAUUCUAUUGAUGAUAUGAGUGGUGAACAGCUUGAACAGUUUAUGAUGUCCAUUUUUGAGUUGAGGACGAAGCUUGCUGAAAAAGAACAUGAACAUCUCAUGAUGUUUUCUAUGUUUACGGUGGAAAACUCAAAUGAUUCAUUUGAGGUUGAUUCCAAUGAAGUUCAUUCAACUGAUGGUGAUACAUCUGAAGUUGAUUUGAACGAUGACGAGUGUGACAAUUAUCAAAGCUCAGAUAAUGAUGUCGAUGAUGCUGAUAAUGACGAUGAAGAUAACUCGGUUGAAUUAGAUGCACUUGUAGGCGAUAAAGUGGUAAGUAUUAAUUCUAUAAUUUCUGAUGAAAUUUGUGCUAUAGAAUUCGAUUAUGUUGAUGAAGCUUAUGAUUUUUAUUAUAAGUAUGAUAAAUGCAAAGGUUUUGCCAUUAAGAAAAAUAAUAUUAGGAGAAGAGGGCCUGAAGGUAGUAUAAUAACAAUAAUGAGAAAUAAACCAUCACUUCUGUACAUUUCGUUAUUUUCUCUUCAAAACCCUCUGCUCCGCCUACGAACGACCUCUGCACUCCGCUCCGCUACACAGUUCGUUCGUCCGUCUCCGCCCGCCGCUCCGCAUACACCGUCCGCAUACACCGUCCGCGCGUCUCCUCUACGAACGCCCUCCGCCCUUUGUCCGUCUCCACCUCUGAACGUCCGUCACAGGCCGCCGUUUCCCGCCAUGCACGAAGACGGCCUCGAAUCUCCAGCAGUCACAGCCUGCCGCCGUCUUUGA